UAGAUACAUAGCUAUAUAUCUGUAUAUGUACCUAUGUUUAUAUAUAUGCAUUAUUUCGGUCCAAAUUCACUGUUUGUAACAUGUUGGGAUUGCGGCUGAUGCUGCAUAUGUUAUUGCUAUUCCAUUUGCAAUUGCGCAGCUUUGGCUCCACAUCAACGGAGGCACCCUACGAACCGGUAAUGCCAGAACGUUGUAAAUAUUUACAGAGCUCCACUGAGGUAAUGUUCCAGAUGUGCAAGGGGAAAUUUCCGCUGGUGGCCUACACGAAAUUCCGUGAUACAUUCAUGAAGCAAACGGAUCGCAUGGCGCUCUUUAUGCCGAAAUCCUUGGAUCAUAUUUUGGUGUCCUUGAAGGAGUCUCAGUUGCACUACUGUCAUAGCAUCCAGGUCCUCGAGGUUAACCUGUACUUAUGCUUUGACGAGUUCGGUGGCAAGCGAACUGUCAAACUACGAUCGGCCCGAAUGUAUUGCUUUCCGUUUCACAUCCAGCUGACAGAUGAUUUGAUGCACGAGUGUAUACUGGAGCGUGAUGGUGUCUCUGAAUCAGAACUGGAGGCGAACACGUUGCUAACGAAGCGCGGCAUCAUUCACUACACCUUCGAUAAUGAUUCAUCCGUUCGCUAUAUAUUGCCAAAGCGAAAUGCCAUAAUCCAAAUGCUAAUCGCGUUGGCAGUGCUGUUCUAUUUUUAAAUA